AUGUCAGCAGCGACAUUGAAAGCCAUUAUUCCACCAUUCCUACGCCGUCUCUCAUCGAGAGACACUCGAUCUACCAUUACCGAAGAUGCACCACGGACCCCUUCUACGACGAGUUCGACCAUAACCAGCCCCUUCGAUCAGAAAUCACCACGGAGGAAGAGUCCUAAACGUCGUCGAUCGAAGCCUGGACCGGUGCAGCUCAAGGUACUCAAUCAGGAGGAAUUGGAACAGAGGGAACGGGAGGGGUUACAUAUCCGUGCGACGCGCAGCGUGGAUUGGAGUGCGAGUGGAACGAGUGUACGGAGUGUUGGGAUUGGGUCUCCAUCACUUGUGAUCACGGAAUGCAGGAGGGGAAGUGCGCCGAUGAUAACGAGUGCACCUGCUACGAAGACGGAGUUUGAGAGGGUGGAGGUGUUGCUCACUCCUGCCGCGGAGGUGACGGAUAUUGCCGAGGGAGGCUCGUACUUUCCGACAAUUGUACCAGAGGUGAUGGCGUUUCCACCUAAUUGGCCGUUGCGUGAUGAGGAGGCUGUGGUGGAUGACGAAGUUGUGGUGGAGGAUGCUGUUGCGGAAGAGGAGGAGGAGGGGGAAGUGAGUGUAGUCUUGGCGGAGCCCAUAUCGCCCACGGCAACACCGCCCCCGCCAGCGACUGCACCGCUGACACCAAGGAGAGCAAUUUCAUUCCCUACCAUCGAUGUCACACCAACUCGGACGGACACUGUUAGGAGUCGCUUCUCCUUCGAGAUGACCCCGAUCGAUGAUGAUGCUGAGUCCGCUAAGGGUGUCGACGCAAUCCUCGCACUACGGGAGAUCGAUGAAGGUGCGGAAGAAUCUCCGUCCAGGCCAUCGACAAACCGGACUGAGGUUGGUGGCUUGAGUGUACAUCCUUUGUCGAGUGGCUUGGGCAUUGCUAGGUUUCAGGAAGAGAUCAAUGGUGCGGAUGGCUUUGAUCCAGACCAAUACGAGGCCGAAAGCGAGGACGAGGGCAGUACUGCGUUACCCACGCCAGCAUUCGCUCCCCCGUCUUUCGCACUUCCGGUACGUCCUCUGUCGCCAAACUACAUUAUCUCAGAGCAGCUCGCUCCAUCCCUUCGUUCACCUGUCAUUGAUGCUGGCACAUUCGACACGGAAGCUUACGAUGCCGAAGAAGAAGACGAUUUGCCUGCGAGUGAGUGCGGGGAGAGUGCUUUUGGUGACGACGAGCCUCCGAGGCAGUAUGCUGGGUUCGCAGCUGUGACUGGUGAGUUCGAUCCCGAUUCGUACGAAGAUAUGCCUUGCGAUCUUUACGAUGAGGAGGAUUUUGAUGACACUGCUUCUCUUGAUUCCGCUAUGCUUCGCGAGAUCAAUGGAGAUGUUGGGGAGGACUUUGAUGACAGGUUCCCCACAUCUGAGUCUUCGUCUCUGGCUUCUCAAGCUGGUGUCGUGAAUGGUGCGGGUAACGAUGACGGAAGAGUUGUGACAGAGUAUUUACCCGACAAAGCCGGUGGAUGGGUCGUGGAGCACAGGAGACGUAGGAAGUGGAUUGACGGUGUCGGUGGCGGGGAUGAAUGGGAGAUCCUGGCGAGGAAGAAGGUUGAGAAGGGGUGCAUCUAA